AUGCCGGGUCUCGUCCCCCGCUUCGCCCCACUCCUCCUCUCCCUUCUCGCCGGGCACGUCGUUCUCGCGCAGUCUUCUCCGGGGCUCCCCAUGGUUAUCAACACGUGGGGAGGCGCGUUUACCGCUGCGACCGACGCAGCAUAUCAGGCUCUGGUUAAGAAAGGCGCCUCAGCCCUUGACGCCGUCGAGAUCGGCUGCGCAACCUGUGAGGCCAACCAGUGCGACGGCAGCGUUGGCUUCGGCGGUUCGCCCGACGAACAUUGCGAGACUACCCUCGACGCCAUGAUUAUGGACGGCGUGACAAUGAAGUCGGGGUCCGUCGCGGCGCUCCGCCGCGUCAAGAACGCGAUUGGCGUAGCCCGGCACGUUCUGGAGUACACCUCGCACACCAUGUUGGCUGGCGACCUGGCAACAGAAUUCGCCAUUGAAAACGGUUUCCCGGUGGAGGACCUUACGACAGAGGCUUCGGCUGCGAGGUGUGCUGAGUGGCGGCGCAACAACUGCCAGUCCAACUACAGGCAAAACGUCACGCCCGACCCAAAGUCAGCCUGUGGUCCUUACACGCACAUCAAGCUUGACUCGAGAUCUCCAGACUACUUUGACCUUAUCGCUCCGAAUUCCGCCCAGACAUCUCAUGACACCAUCUCAAUGAUGGCAUUGGACACAAAUGGUGUUAUGGCGGCAGGCACCUCGACCAACGGUGCUUCCUUCAAAGUCCCUGGGCGUGUCGGCGACGGCCCGAUUACCGGGUCGGGUUCUUAUGUCGACGGGGAUGUCGGUGCCUGCGGCGCCACCGGUGAUGGCGACAUCAUGAUGCGGUUUCUACCCUGCUACCAAGCUGUGGAGAGUAUGAGACGAGGUAUGAGCCCGCAAGAGGCUGCGAGGGACGCUGUGGUGCGCAUGGUGAAGAAAUACCCGGCAGUGUCGAGUGGCGUUGUGGUUGUCAACAACAAGGGGGAACAUGGAGGUGCGGGAUCUGGAUGGACCUUCACGUAUGCUUUCAGGGGCGGCAAGAUGAACGCGACCGAAGUCGUGACUGUGCCACCUGUAUACGUCAGUCCUUCGCUGAGCAGUGCAGAACUAAGAUAA